AUGGCCAAAGCCAAGAAAUCCCUCCUGCUGGCCUUCGCUUUCCUUCUCCUGAUGAUUUCCACCGCCCAAAGCACGGCAUGCGUACAAACCUGUAAUAAGGCUGUCCAGGUGAAGAAGCACGACAGCUGCGAUGGAGUUGCUGCGACUUUUCGCAUGAGCACGACCAAAUUCCUUUCUUUCAACCCAAAUUUGCCUUGCAGGCGUCUCUUCGUCGGUCAAUGGGUUUGCGUUGGAGGCGUAGCGUGUUAAUCGGGAUUCAGAUCCUUAUACCAAUGGGGCGGCUCAUGAAUAAUUAAUAACCACAGUGUGUGUGGUCGUGCAUGUUUCCAUUUAUGUCAUAUUUCCUUUUCUCUAUUUCCACUUUCUUGUAACUGCACACACAAACCCGGCCGGCCUGGUUUCUUUUAGUUGGUUGAAUA